GGCAGUUCUGGCAUGUAUCUGACCUACAUUUAGAUCCGACUUACCACAUUACCCCUGAUCGCACCAAAGUUUGUUCUUCUUCCAAAGGAGCCAAUGCCUCCAACCCAGGCCCUUUUGGAGACUUUUUGUGUGAUUCUCCAUAUCAACUUAUUUUGUCAGCGUUUGCAUUCAUGAAGGAUUCAAAACAGCAGGUUUCAUUCAUGAUUUGGACGGGAGAUAGCCCUCCUCAUGUUCCUGUAAAAGAACUCUCCACAAAGUUGGUCAUUAGCAUCAUUGGCAAUAUGAGUUCUACAAUUCGUAAUUUCUUUCCAGAUCUUCAGGUUUUCCCAGCCUUGGGCAAUCAUGACUACUGGCCACAGGAUCAGCUUCCUGUAACUACCAGUGAAGUUUACAAUGCUGUAGCAGAUUUCUGGAAACCUUGGCUAACUGAUGAAGCAAUCAAUACUUUCCGAAAAGGUGGCUUCUACACACAGCUGUUUGAAUCCAGUGAUAGCUCUCAACUGCUCAGGAUAAUCAGCCUGAACACAAAUUUAUAUUACAGCCCCAACAGCGUAACUGUGAAUAUCACUGACCCAGCCAACCAGUUUGCCUGGCUGGAGGGAAUACUAGAAACCGCUUCACAAAAGAGGGAAAAGGUAUAUAUAAUAGGACAUGUACCGAUAGGAUACUUGCCAUUUGCAAGGAAUACUACAGCUAUCAGGGAGCAUUACAAUGAGAGACUGGUAAAGAUUUUUCGCAAAUACAGUAGCGUUAUUGCGGGGCAGUUUUUUGGACAUACACAUAGGGAUAGUAUCAUGGUCCUCCUGGAUGAAGAAGAAAAGCCAGUGAAUUCCUUGUUUGUGGCACCUGCUGUAACCCCAGUGAAGAAUGUAUGGCAAAUGGAGUCCAAUAACCCUGGUGUCAGAUUGUAUCAAUAUGAUCUUCUUGAUUAUAGCUUGCUGGAUCUUUGGCAGUUUUACUUGGACCUCAGAGAUGCCAACAAGAAAAAUGAAUCGAACUGGAAAUUAGAAUACAUCCUGACUAAAGCUUACAGUAUUGAAAACUUGAAGCCAGAAAGCCUAUAUGAAAUGGCCAAGCGGUUGUCUGUGCCACACAGCACGCUGUUUGAGCAGUAUUACAGUAACUUCAUUGUGAGUUAUGACAAAACCAUUGUCUGUGAAGAGGGGUGCAAGACCUGCCAACUGUGUGCAAUCCAAUAUUUGGAUUACUCCUCAUACACAGAUUGUAUGAAUCGGGAAGCAAUGUGGAGAUGAAGUUUCCGUGCAGUUUAUGCUGAUACCGACUUUAGCCUGUCAUUUAAAGAACCUGCUCAUCCUUUCGCUCAAGCACCAACAUGCUGCCAGGGAGCCUGUGGGACUUCUCUGAAUUUCAGGGGAGCAAUAAAUACCCCUAGAUCUUUCUUCUUGUAAUCAUGUUGUCCUUCCACUUCUAAAUAAAAGUUUAUUGGCUAUGUAAUAGUAGCCAGAGACUUUGCUGUUAUUUCAAGUGUCCUGUAGCCUCCGUAACAGGCAUCCCAGUAUGUGGGAAUAGAAG